AUGCUCUACAAUCAUACGAGAAAUGCCUGGAUUUCGGAAUCAUGCAAUGUCUGCACAGCUACUCCUUCUGACUGCAUUGUACCUCCACAGGCUCUGCUCUGCACAACCAAAUGAAUGUUCUAUGGACAUUGUGUUUGCUGUGGACGUAUCCAAUGUGAGGGAUGGCCAGAGCAUCAGUCUCUCCCAGCCUCAGCUGGAAAAUAAGCUCUCUGAGGCAGUGGCGCAAAUGAAGAAUCUCAACUCCAUCAGUUGCGGAGAGCUGAUCACACCCAGGCUUGCUGUGGCAGCCUUCAGAAGCGACGGCUCGAUCGUCGAACAGUCCACCUUCCAACCCGUGAUCCAGGGCCUUGCCUGGAAUGUGCCCAGAAGUAUCAAGCAGCGUGGGCCAUACGUGGUCACGGAUAAAUCCAUUUACAAUCUUGCAAUGAAAUUUUACAAUGAGUCUAGACACACCACGAUAAAGAUAUUAGUGCUGUUUUCUGAUGGAUUGGACCAGGAUGUGCCUGCCCUGCAGAGAAGUAUUGAAAACCUCAAACGAGUAGGUGUACAAGCCUUGAUUACAGUGGCCUUGCAGACAUCACAGGACGAGUCCCUGCACGAGUUAGAGUUUGGCAGAGGCCUAAGAUAUCAGCGCCACCUGCAGCUCAACAUGCAUGAGUUGGGCAUUUCUCUUGCGGAGGAGCUAAUAAACGUGGGAGAAAGGAUCUGCUGUAACAUUAAUUGUGUCUGCUAUGGUCAACCUGGCAGAAGAGGCCUAAGAGGUUCUGCAGGCUUUGAGGGCUCUCCGGGUGAGACGGGUACAUCAGGGCACCCUGGCGAGGAUGGCAGCAAUGGUGUGAGAGGACCCAUAGGGGUUCCUGGAUACCAAGGUGGCCAAGGUUGCCAGGGCCCCAGAGGCGUCAAGGGUACUCGUGGAGGCCAAGGCCAACUGGGAGCAGCAGGAGAUCCUGGCUUGGAUGGAGUUAGUGGGGAGAAGGGUGGCGAUGGACUACCUGGUUACCCUGGGAGCAAAGGAAGGCCUGGAAUGCCGGGACUUGUGGGCGAGCCGGGAAUUCCAGGGGAGAAAGGAAACGCAGGAACGGCGGGGAUGACGGGGGAGCGAGGCUCUAACAGCAUCGUGCCAGGCGUGGAAGGGGAGAGAGGCCACCCAGGAAAUAUGGGCCUGCCUGGGACCGAUGGGCUGCCUGCUGACCCUGGGCUACCGGGGCCUGACGGUGCAAAGGGCUGGCGGGGACCGUCUGGACUCAAAGGUGAAAAGGGUGCUCCGGGAGGAGGCGGAACCAGAGGACUCGUGGGCUAUCCUGGAAGUGCAGGUAACAGAGGAAGCCAGGGUGACCAAGGCAGCAGAGGACCAAGUGGCAUGCGUGGCUGUCAUGGUGAUCCUGGACAACAAGGCCCAAUUGGUAAUCCUGGUGAGCCUGGUGGUCGAGGAACCAAGGGAGAACGUGGUGAACGAGGGGACAAAGGAGGCAUUGGAUACCCUGGGAAACAAGGAUAUCCCGGCGUGAACGGAUACGAUGGCUAUGGUGUUUCCGGAGUUAGAGGACCUAAGGGGGACGUCGGUGAAAUCGGAUAUCCAGGAGAAACGGGUGAACCUGGGACUUCAGGGGACAAGGGUGAGAAGGGUUCAAAAGGCUUCAAAGGCAGAGCGAGUGAUGUGGGUCCGCCUGGCUCUGCAGGGACUCCAGGGAACCUUGGACCCCCUGGGUCUCCAGGACCCCAAGGGACAAAUGUACCUCCUAAAUUGAAUUGCGAAAUAUUGAAACAAAUCAGAGAAAACUGCCGGACGUGCCCCCCAUACCCACUGGAGCUGGUGUUCGCAGUGGAGAUCUCGCCUCAAAUGACACGAGCACUCUUUGAGUUGGGGAAGACCUCGAUGGUGGAGCUCCUUCGCGAUGUGCUCAUUGCCAGGAGGAGUUGUCCUCAGGGGGCCCGUGUGGCGGUCGUGACUUACAGCGGCAAUGGACCCUCCGCUCAAAUUCGACACAAAAUCCACUUCAGCGACUACAGCGACAAAGAGACGCUGAAGCGGACCAUCAGAGAUCUACCAUAUGUCAGUGGACAUAGCGAUGCCAAUCUGACCACAGCCAUGAAGCUCAUCGGGAGAAACACUUUCAAGAGAAUCCGGUCCGGAAUCCUUGUGAAAAAGAUGAUUGUGGCUUUUACAGCGAAUGACUUCGUAGAUUACACUUUUAGCGUGUUGCUGACAAGUCUGGCAGCUGAGAACAUUUCUGCAGUGUUUGUCGGUUUUGAAAACCAGAAAAUCAAUCAAAUUGACGAGGGCAGUGACACGUUCUUCCGGGUGUUUGUUCUCCCACAACAAGAAGCAGCUCGAAAGGAAGUAUACGAUGACAUUCUGAAGUGUGCUAUUUGUUUUGAUAUUUGCAAAAAAGGAAAAUGUGAAAAAGAGCUUCUUCUGACGAUGGACAUUGCCUUCGUGAUCGACAGCUCAGAUAGCAUAAAACCCGAAGACUUUCUGAAGAUCAAGUUCUUCUUAAGCUCUUUGCUCGACCGCUUCAGUAUCUCAGACGACCCCCAGCUUGAGUUGAACAAGUCGCGCGUGGCACUUGUGCAGUACACGCCCGGAGGAUUUGAUGUAAGCCUGCAACUGACAGACCCCGUGAAGCUCGAGUUCAACUUCACACAUUAUGCAAACAAGGCGAAAAUGAAAACCCACAUUGAACGCAUGAGGCAAAUCGAAGGCACCACGGGCACUGGCCACGCCAUCAAGUGGACCCUGGAGCAUCUCUUUGGUAAAACGCAAAACGCUCGGAGUCACCGCGUAAUUUUUGUCAUCACCGACGGCGAAGCGAGGCCCUGGGACAAGGAUACUCUCCACAGCGUCGUGCAGGAUGCCAAGUGCAAAGAGUUUGCCAUGUUUGCCAUCGGCGUUGGAAAAGACAUCAACCAGACCGAGCUCCAUUACAUUGCGAGUGAACCGAUUAACCAGCACUAUAUCAAGAUCGAUAGGUACACCCAGUUGACCGAGUUCAAUGUGAACAGCAGGAUAAAGAGUAUCCUCACGCAGUGGAAAGAUAAAACUUUGAUCUACCCAUCGGAUAAAAGCAAGUGCAGUCGUAGCAUACAAAGGGACCAAUCGUCAGACACCUCAGGUGCCUUGGGCAAGAGUAAACUAUUAGCUGCAGUCAUCAGAGAUGUUAACCACACCAGCUUAGUCUUGGAAUGGAAUGCACCAGACCCAGGCGAAUUUCUGGUAACUGUGACGGACAAGGAGACUGGAGACGUGCCGUUCAGGGAAAUGACGAAUUCCACGACAGCCAAUGUGAUGGGUUUGACGAGCUGUCAUGAUUAUUUGAUACAAAUCCAGUCGGUCAACAGCGGAACUCCAGGAUUUAGUUACACGGGCAGCCACAGAACACGCGCGGCUCCUCCGUCCUCGGUGUGGACGACCGUGAUCAGCAACAGCAGCGUGGCGCUUAGCUGGACUCCGCCCCUGCAUGCCGUGCCCACCUCCUACAGCGUGCACAUCAACACGCUGCCCUACGGCGAUAAAAAGUGCUUCUCGGUCGAUGUGGAGCAAACGCGGUAUGUUUUUACCGGAAUCGCGUCUGAUGCUGUCUACAGCGUCGGAGUGAGCGCCUUCUGCGGCACACAGCAAAGCGUGACCGUCAACCUGCAAAUCAAAACAGACGUGUGUUCCUUGACCGUGGACAAAGGCAGCUGCCACGAGUUCAAGAUGAGAUGGUUUUUCUACGCCCACUUCCAAGUGUGUGCCCGUUUCUGGUACGGGGGCUGUGGAGGAAACGGCAACAACUUCAUGAGCCGUGAGGAGUGUGAGAUGACCUGUAAGACCAGAGGCAGUUCUGACAUGACCUUACCUGUGGGUGACAUCAUGCAGCAUGUGAAUGUGAAAAGCCUGUCGUGAGUGGUGCUCUGGGAAAGGAGACUCACAUUGAAGAAGUGGUGCUAAACUAACAGAAAACCAUCUUUCAUACACAUUCAUUAUAUCGUUUAAGUAUAUUGUACUCCAAUGUUGAUCGUAUAUAUUUCAAAUCAUGUAUAUUGAUGUCAUUACAGUUUGCAUCCCAUUAGGCAGCAAAAAACAGAAAUAUAAUAUCAAUGUUUGUUCCCGAUAACGAUUUGAAUUCCUUCAUUGCUUGCACCCAACUUUUGCAACUCACAAGUAAGUACCGUACUCACUGCACAUACCGCGCCAUCGUGCACUCACUCUCACCUGCCUCUCCCCUCUCCACUCCCAAAGCCGUAGCGACUACAUCGGUAACCUAGGCCUCAGCCAGUGUACUUAGGCCGUGGUGGCGAGAUGUUAACUGCCUCGCCUGGUAUACAGGAGGUCGUGGAUGAAUCCCGACCCUGACGCCUGCUGUAUAUUUGCAGUUUGCAUGUCUCUCCCUGUGGUCGCGUGGAUUUUUCUUCGGGUCCUCUGGUUUUUCCCUUCACAUUUAGAAUCAACAAGCGUUCAGAGUAUUUAGCUGCUAUACAUUUCCACGUGACAAGCCACUUAGUUUAGCUAUCAUUUGUGGCCAGGGCACUUUUGAAAUUGAGCAAUGUAGCUCAGUGGGCCUUACCUGGUCAAAUAAAAAAUAGUUUAGUUUACGAGCUCCCUGUCCGAGUAUGGUGCUAAACACUUACCUGCCGCAGGCUUUACCACGUGUUUGGACACCGUUCUCAGUCGGGGCAAGUGCAGCAAAGUAUAACGUUGUGUCAGGCGUCCCUCGCGUAACGCGUUUGCUCCCCCCCCGCCUCCAUAGCGCGAAUUCACAGUUAUGUGAUUCAUAUUUAAGGGACAAACUUCACGCUUACGCUAUGCGUUUUACAGUCACAAAAGUAAAAUAAAACAUAAAAAAAAAUUAUAAUGAAAGUUCUAAGUUAAAAACUGUCGGAAAGACAGCGUCCCAAUGAUCAUCGCUAAGCUUGGCAGCGUAUUUUUAAUAUGGGUGGGAGGAGCAGAACGCCUUGACAUUGGCGUUUACAUAUCAACAGCUGAGCUAUUAACAUUAAGUAACUAGGUAUACACUACACCUGAGGACGGCUGCUUAUUGUUGUGGCCGAAACAUCGUGAUAAUUUUAUUGUAUUAUUUUAUUAUUUCCCUUCUACGUGACUUUACCGAAAGAACCAAUAAUAUGAAUCCCUGCAGUCACGAAAGCUUUAAAUCGAAAUAAAAGAAAACUAAUAUUUCGCAGGUUAACCAACCAAAAUCUCAAUCUGAUGGCUUAGCCAUUUUAGAUCUGAGUAGAAGCAGCCCACGGAAGCGUUCAAAAAGCCCUGAAGUUACUCCUUAUUAAGUAAUAUUUGUAAGUAUUAAUCUUUAGAAUCUUAAUUAGUAUUUGUCAAUAAACUCCUUUUUAAGCAAUUGCUGUAUUGUUAAUAAUAUUAAGUACUAAAUGUAUACCUAUUUUAUAAAACCAGGGCUAAAAUAAUUAAAUGAAGCUUACAUUUUCUUCGGUAACGCACCUAUCCAUAUAAAUAGGUUUUGUACAGCGCGCUUCGGCUUAGGCGCUGUUUUUCAGGAACGCACGUCGCGCGUUAUGCGAGGACGCCUGUUAAUGCACGCUGCCCGCCUUCACCGACCCACGCUGAUCAACGUUGUGAAGUGUGGCCAAUCCGCAUGGCGUGGGGAAUCACUCAUCCAGCAGUGGAUUGAGAAAAUCAGUCCUGCACGUGAGGGUGCCUAUAUGUUUAGGAUGAGAUGUGAUGUAACGCGAGUCGCUUAUUGUAUGUUCGUAAAGUGCUCUAAGAUGCCCCGGUGUGAAGGAGGGCGCUGUGUAAAAAAAAAAAAUCGCGACACAAAUCGGACAUCACAUAUACACACACCACACAAACACACAACUUACAAACCCACAGACGCAGACAAACCGCUUUACACCAGUCACAAGCACACAAGAACUUACAGCUCUUAUCUUGCCAAUGCACGGUGCUCGUCGUGCGGUCUUGGGGGCGAGUGCUCGUGCCCUGGCAUCCUCUUAAAUCUAGAAGGUAAGAUGUGACGCGAGCUGAAGGAUAUACGGUGCCAAGGCGUGAGUGGAAUAAAGACGGGGUUACGUCUUCGAGGCAAGGUGACGCUGGACGGUGCAAAUGUGUGGCGGCCUCGGUGAAAUGGACACGGGUAAAAAAAAUCGAUGCCUCCCACAGUCAACUGACAACCCGUCCAUGCCUCUGUUUAACUCCAUGCUCAGGAGCCUUGACUUAUGGCAAACUGUAUUCCCAUAUAUUGUCUUAUAUGCUGCUCAUACUGCAUUUCAGCCUCGCCUUAUCCUGGUCAAAUACCCCCCUUAUUAUUAUGAGGGUAUCCCAACCUUUGCAUUCUUUCCAGUGUACUGCUCCGAUAAAACGUCUUGAGAGCAAAUCGACCAAAUCACUCUGAAUGAAGAUUACCUUUUCAGAUCUCAGGACCUGAUUGGUACUUGGAUGGGAAACUGCCUGCGAAUACGAGGUGUUAUAUGCUUUUUACGGAUAUGUGUGGGUUUUCUCCAGGUGCUCUGGUUUAUCUCCCACAUGCUGCGCAUAAUCCCACUCGUUAAGAGAAUUGAUGAAUGCAAGACUGAAUAAAGAUUAGUGGCUUAAUGAGGCUUUCCUGGGAAAAUAAAGGGAAAAUAUUAGAUAAGGGCUAGCUUCAGUCUCGCAUGAGAAAACCUUGCAUACUUAAAGGAAAAGCCUCAAUGCCAGCACGUGUUAUAACUUAUAUUAUUAUGAAGCUUGUUUACCCAGGAAAGCCUCAUUAAGUCUCAACACUUAAUUAGGAAGGAGGCAAAGUUAUGAUUAAUCCCAUUGAGUAAUUUGCAGGUACAUUUUCAGUCUUUGGAUAUUUACCCAAUACCAGAUACAUUGUAUGAGUUUUUUGCUAUGGAAGGGAACUAACUGGAGACCCUGGAGGAAGGCCCAUGCAGAACAGGGGGGGGGGGGGGACAUACAACCUCCACAUAGAAAGGUGCCGGAUUUGUGAAUCAAACCCAGGCGCUUGUUGAUGUGAGGCACGCGUGCCAUCACCGCGCCAUCCUGCCACAUAUCACACUUGAGACAGAGGCCAGUGAACCCUAUUGACUGUGCAAGUGUUUCUGCUUUAGCAACAUUUAUUCAUUAUUAAAAUAAUAAAUACAAUUUAAUAAAUAUC